ACACAAAGAAGUUUAAGCAGAUAUUGGACCCUAGGCUUGAAUGGAAUGGCUCCCUCAAGUCAACCCAAAAUCUAGCUAUUGUUGCCAAUCGGUGCUUGAUCAGAAAUGCAAAGUCACGCCCGAAGAUGAGUGAGGUGUUGGAGAUGGUGAACCAGAUCGUCGAAGCUUCACAAGAAAUACGUACUUCUCGACAACCUGUAAGAAGCUCGAUGCUAAUGGAAACCUCUGGGGACAAAGUGAAAGGUAAGGGAAGGAUCAUGGAUAUGACGACAAAAAAGCCUAGGUAUGCAGAAAAGCUUAGGUACACAGACGCCAGCAACAGAAAAGUGCACAAAGCACUCACAUGAGAUGGGCUCACACAAAUGCAGAUCCCGCACCCCUUUGACUGUUCUAUGCAUUUUUUUGUGAUUGGUUUUUGUAGAAGUAUUGUGUGAAAUGGGGGAAAGUGGUUGGCUUCUAUGAUUGGUAGUUGGAUAAGCUUGUGUGGGUUAUGAAGGUAACAAUUCCGAUGAAUUUGUAUAUAGUUCAUAAUGCGAAGUGUACAAUAUUGCUCGUGUAUUGCAACUGCCACUACUAUUGCUUCAGUAGGCACCAAAACAAAAGGUGAUAUGAGGAUUGUAAGGUUGAGAAUUCUAGUAUUUAGACGGUUGUUCUAGGGAAUUUUGACAGUAAAGCUUGCAAGGCACUGUUGAUUGCACCACUGUUGAUUUGAAAAUGGCAGGUGGGUUUUCAUGGCAUGCGGAGAAGCCUCUUGAGAUGCCAUAGUAGAAAUUCUGAAUGAUAUAUCGUACAUUUAUUCGAAAUCAUUAUGUAUUGUUCUUGUGCUGUGUUCUUUUAGUUGGGUUAAGUGUUAUGCUUUUGGAUAGAUGUUCUAGCCUUCUAGGAUGGAAGCAGAAGUUCAAGGUAGUCAAUCAAUAUACUGUUGCUGAAUUUGUAUUUUGAAAAUAUUAAUUUAAUUUAAAUGAUAGAUUUGUCUAUCUACUAAAGUUA